GCAAGCCAUUGUGCGCGGCCGUAGCCCGGAGCGGCGUGGCUGUCAAGGGGCAACGCGUACCGAGGCGCGGGGGAGGGGGCAGGACGCCACAUCGGAAGCGGGUGCCGGGGCCAGGAGGCUGGACACUCAUCCCAGGCCUCCUCCGCGCGUUCUCGCCCUCAAGAGGACCGACAAGCGCGCAGUCGGUGUCCAGCCGGCCCACGGCAGACUCCCGCACGGAGGCGCUGGGCCCAAGCCCGGAGGCCCGGUAGAAGCCCCGCAGACGCCAUGCUAAAAGCCAAAAUGGCUGCCCCAAGGAUGCCCGCAGCGCGCCGCCUGUGAGAAGGGAGCCGGCCGCUGCGGGAGCGGGGGAGGGGGCGCCGGGAGCGCCGUCACCGCUCGCCUGCCGGAGCCGCUCAGGUUCUAGCUGCUGGCUGUGACUUUAAAAUUAUAUUUGGAAAGAAACUGGCCAAAGGGUGCAAAAUGAUCAAGUUUUUCCUUAUGGUGAACAAGCAGGGGCAGCCCCGGCUGUCUAGGUACUAUGAGCGCAUGGAGCUGAGUCAACGCACGCUUCUGGAAGCAGAGGUCAUCAGGGGCUGUCUGUCCCGGUCCAGCGAGCAAUGCUCGUUCAUUGAAUAUAAGGAUUUUAAACUGAUCUAUCGGCAAUACGCAGCUCUCUUCGUUGUGGUUGGAGUUAAUGACACGGAGAAUGAGAUGGCUGUUUAUGAAUUCAUACAGAAUUUUGUGGAAGUUUUAGAUGAGUACUUCAGCAGAGUGAGCGAACUAGAUAUAAUGUUUAAUUUGGAUAAAGUUCACAUCAUUUUGGACGAGAUGGUGCUAAAUGGCUGCAUUGUGGAAACUAACAGAACAAGAAUUCUUGCCCCUCUCCUGAUUCUUGACAAGAUGUCAGAAAGCUGAUGAAGACUAACAAGGUCUGAGCAGUGUGAACGUCAAGGACGACAGCGUAAGCCACAACAGCCUUCUGAAAACCAUCAGUAGCCAUUUCCCAUAAUUCCUAAAGGGAAAACAAAUGGUUCU